GUUCCUUUGUUUCUUCUCAUUGGUCCCAUGGAUUUUCCUUUCACCCUCCAUGAGGAGUUUGGUGAAGAAGGUCCAAAGAGAGUAUAAAGACGCAGGAGGAAAUAAGGAAGGAAUCUGGAGAAGGCUGAGAGGUUCUUCUUGGAAUUUCUCUUUGUCUCUCCUUCUCAAGAAGCUCUCUCUCUCGUUCGAGAAUUGAUGGGGAACUCGCUGUGGUGCUCCGCCUCCGGAGAGCGGCUGGCCACGGCAGCGAGGGAUGGGGAUUUAGCCGAAGCACGGACGCUGAUGGAGUUGAAUCCCGGUCUCGCAAAGUACUCCAUCUUCGGGGGAUUCAACUCCCCGCUCCACUUGGCCGCUGCCAACGGCCACAGCGAGGUUGCUAAACUGUUGCUGGAGAAAGGAGUGGAUGUGAACUCAAGGAACAUCAGUGGACAGUCUUUUCUUACCUUUUCUGCAAGACACCAUUGAUGCAUGCAUGCCACUCUGGGCAUUGGGAAGUAGUGCAGAUUCUGCUGGUAUUCAGAUGUGAUGUCUCAAAAGUGGAAUAUCUAAGCAAUAGGACUGCACUGCACUUUGCUGCAGAAGGUGGGCAUGUGCGGUGCAUCAGGCUGUUGGUUGCUGACUUCUCCUAUGGAGCAACUGUUUCUUUGACAGAUGGUGCCCAGGAAGGCAGCAGCCCUGGAUCUCCUUUAGAGCAUGGUUAUGAUCAACUUGCACUCUCCAAGUUUGUUAACAAAGCAGCCAAUGGUGGUGUGACAGCUCUCCAUAUGGCAGCAUUGAACGGGCACUUUGAUUGUGUGCAUCUCCUACUCGAUCUACAUGCUGAUGUCUCUUCCAUAUGUCUCUACUAUACCUCAUCGACGGGUUCAAUAGGAGCUGGAAGCACUGCUUUGCAUUAUGCAGCAUGUGGGGGAAAUCUUAAAUGUUGCCAGGUUCUUAUUGCUAGAGGAGCCAGUAGGUCGACAGUGAAUUGUAAUGGGUGGCUUCCACGUGAUGUUGCUAGGUUGUGGGGAUGUCAUUGGCUUGAGCAAUUGCUGUCACCAAAUUCUGGCUUUACCAUACCCUUGUUUGAUCCAUCGAAUUAUCUAUCCUUGCCUCUUAGGAGCAUCCUUGAUAUAGCAAGGGAUUGUGGGUUGCAGUCAUCAACUGCUUCUUCCGAUGAUGAUAAUCUUUGUGCUGUUUGCCUGGAAAGAGUCUGCACUGUGGCUUCUGAAGGCUGUGGGCAUGAACUCUGCAUAACAUGUGCACUCUGUCUUUGCUCAACAAGCAAAACAACACCUGAAACAGAUGCACUGCCUGGAUCAAUUCCGUGUCCUCUCUGUCGAAAUGGAAUUGUGUCUUUUGUAAAGUUGCCCAGAUUUCCACCUAAAGAGCUCAAGCUGAACCAAGAACUAAGCCUCUGCAUCAAAUGCAGUUUUGACCCUCAUGAUCUUAGCCCACCAGCAAUUGCUUGCAGAUCUGAGUUUUGUAAGAACCACAUUAUGUUUGUUCCUUUGUAACUUGUUGAUCCACUCUUUUUUGGUCCAUUCUCUGCUGCUGCCAUCUCCUCAAGGACAAACAGGAGCAACCUUAUUAUCACUCUCAGAGUGCAUUAACUAAGCUGGAGAAGAUGAAAAAGCAUAUGAUAAAAUUAUUUGCUCAACACUAUUUUGGAAUGGAAGCAGUUGCCAAAGAGAACUACUGUGCAAUUUGGUAACAGAUGAUUUCUUUCUGCUUGUGAAUAGUUUGAUUGAUAGAAGUGCCAGUAGCUUGUGGUUGGUUACUCAUUGGUUUGCUUCAUCAUACAUCAGUCUGCUGAAUUACAUAUCUGUUGACUUUAUAGGGAUGAGUAAAUGUGUUUGCAACAUGGAACUCCUUGGUUUCUGUCGAGUCUAAAGAUUUAGGAUGUUAGUUUGUAGUAUUUUGCAAAUUAGUGAAUUAGUUGCAAGCACAUGAAGGAAUCAUGUGUUGUAAUUACUUCUAUCAUAUCACUUGGGUGGUUGUAAGCAUUGUUGUAAAGACGCCAUUGAAUGAAUUAUUUUUUCAUUAUUACAAA